GCAACUCCAGAAAGGGGAAUUAAAUUACACACAAACACAAUCAUCGCCGUUACAAAUCCCAAAUCGCCGCCUCUUCGCUCCGCUCCGUUCCCACCCCCACAUGCCUCCUCCUCCUCCUCUUCCUCCUCGUCGCCACCCUCCCAAACCCUAGCCAGCCCGCCGGCCCCCCACCCCAAACCCUAGAUCGUCCCUCGCCCGAUGGCGGGGCCCGCGGCGGGGCAGGUCCUGGAGCGGUUCCGCGCGCGGCUGCGCGAGGAGGCGGGGGGCGGCGGCGAGCCGGGCGCUGCCGCGGUGGUGCGCGUGUACGCGGAGGCCCUCCGCGAGCUCACCUUCAACUGCAAGCCCGUCAUCACCGAGCUCACCAUCAUCGCGGGCCAGCACGCCGCGCUCGCCGCCAGGGGCAUCGCUGAAGCAGUCUGCGCCCGCGUCGCCGAGGUCCCACCUGACCAGAUAUUACCAUCUUUGUAUCUGCUAGAUAGUAUUGUGAAGAACAUAGGACGGGAAUAUGUAGAGCAUUUUGCCGCUAGGUUGCAGAAAGUAUUUUGUGACGCAUACUGCAGAGUUCAUCCCAAUCAGUAUGCUUCAAUGCGGCACCUCUUUCGUACCUGGUGGCCAGUGUUUCCCUCUUCUGUGCUCCGUGGCAUCGAGGAUGACCUUCAAUUUUCCCCCUCAGAGAAUAAGCGUCCUGCCACAGCGACAAAUCUGCAUCAGUCAGAGUCGCUAUCUCCUAGGCCAUCUCAUGGCAUACAUGUAAAUCCUAAGUAUUUGGAAGCACAACAAAAAACCAAGCAGGCCAAUUCGGUGCAUCAGCCAGCAACUUGUGGCACCAGGCAAAUGGCUGAUCUGGAUGAGGAUCAGAUAAAUGGGUUAAUAUCGAACGGUUUGUGCGGACGACAUUCUUCAAAGCUCCAGAAAUCUACAAUGCAGUAUGCUGAUGAUCCUGAUCAGCAAGAGUCAUUUCGAUCUCUUACUGGAGUGAUAAGGGCUACACCAUCACAUCUUCUGAGCACACAUCCCUCUGAUGUCAAUCCAGAUGGGCCGUUAGCCAAUUCAAGAAGAACCUUGUCCAGAUCACCACCUCUUGAUGUGCUUCCAAGGAACUUGUCCCCCAAGAGAGCACUAGAGAGGCUACCACCAUCUCAUUCUGUAUUGGUACCUGACACCAGAAGACUGCCUGAUCGAAAUGGUAGGUCAAGAUGGGUUUUUGACAACGGUGUACAGCGGCCUACAAUCAGCAUGCUUGAUGAAGAGUAUAGGAAGCAAAGUGCAAGAGAACUUAUUGAUGCAUACGGGAAUUGUCAAGGCAGAGAUGCUGAUGAAAGACUUACCAAGAUGCAGCGUCUGGAUUCAAAUGGGAUGGCUAGCAAAUCUAGUGCCCGAAAUUGGCUCACUUCAGAGGAAGAAGAGUAUUCUUGGGAGGACAUGAGUCCUACUUUGACUGACCGAAUCAGAAGCAGCUUGCCAUCUUUACCUCCCCCUGGAACCAUGAAAGCUGGAUUUCCUGGGUCAAAUGCUGGACUAUUGGAAUCAGAUAUUGGAAGGCACAGUUACCCAAGCCUAGCCCCACGAUCAUCAGUUGAUGGGCCACCCUCAAAUCUCGAAGAUAGGAUUACUGCUACCGGUCAUGUUGAUGUGUCCACUAUUAGGAGAUAUCCAAGCAAUUUUGAUAUUCAGAAUGGAGCUCUUUUGGAGCACCAGAGUUCUGAACAUAACCUCAAUCAUGGGAGAAUUUCUACCAUGUCAGCUCCACCUUGGCAGCAUCCUACUGGUCUGCCAUUGCGAGUACAAGCACCUGAACAUUCACCAGUACUUAAUAGAAUACCACAGUCUGCUGACGGUGAAAUGCCAGCCAAGAGGUUGGCCAUUGGUGGUACCUUUGAUGCUUUGAAUGUAGAUAUGCCCUUGGUGGAGAAGCACAGGUCGUCACCUGCUCCUGCUCCAAUAGAAUGGCCUCCUCUUCAUCAUAUCCAGUCACAAACUUUACCACCAAUUCCACCUGAUACAAAACAUGUUAGAAGUGCAACUGAUAGUCUAGAAAUUAGGCCAUUUAGUAGCCAAGAAACCAAUUCAUCUGUCUUUGUUCCGCGACAUCAAUAUAAUGCCUUGGAUCGGAAAACAGUAAUUACUGGUAGCUUAGCUCAACCACCAUAUCAACACCCAGAUUUGUUGUCAUCCAAUCAACAAAAUCAAGGUACGAUUUUGGGAAACCAAGCUCAGCCUCAUCUUCCGCCACAGUUUCAUCCCCAUCCCCAUCCUAACCAUCAGGAGGCAUUUAGAAGCUUUGCUCCUGGCAUGUCUGCACCGUUCCAAGGAGGUGGUGCAGCAAUGCCACCAGUUCCACUUCUGCCAAGUUCUUUUUCUGUUCCACCUGCUGUGCCACCCUAUGGUGUGCCGUCUACGCCCAGUUUUCCUAUGCCACCAUUACCUCCUGGACCACCUCCUGCUUCACUGCAGAUGGGUCCAUCAUCAUCACAAGUUGGUGGCCCGCAACCAUUUGUCUCUGGACUGUUGAGUAACCUUAUGAAGCAGGGUGUAAUUUCACUGGAACCACCUAGCCAACCUCAGGACUCUGUUGGAGUUGACUUCAGUGUAGAUCUCAAGGUGCGAAACGAGUCUGUCAUCAGUGCUUUGUAUCAGGAUCUUCCAAGGCAGUGCAAAACUUGCGGCCUUCGAUUUAAAUGCCAAGAAGAGCACCGCGCUCAUAUGGAUUGGCAUGUUACAAAAAAUAGAAAUUCAAAGAACCGUAAGCAAUCUUCACGUAAAUAUUUUGUCACUGCGGUGGAAUGGUUAAGAGCGGCAGAAACAGUAGGAAACGAUGGUGUUCCUGCUUUUGUGCCCUCAGAUCCAGUCCCAGACAGAAAGGAAGAGAGAGAAAUGGCUGUUCCUGCAGAUGAGGAGCAAACGGUCUGUGCAUUAUGUCAAGAGCCAUUUGAAGAUUUCUACAGUGAUGAGACUGAAGAGUGGAUGUACAAAGGUGCAGUUUACAUGAAUGCGCCAGAUGGUAACAUUGAUGGUCUGGAAGGGUCACAGUUGGGACCUAUUGUUCAUGCUAAAUGUCGAUCUGGGCCCAGCAAUACUUCUUAGGGUGGGUGUAGCUGGGACUCUGCCUUAUUAGCUUUUUUGGCUGUAGACAUGACCUGUAAACUAAUGGAGACUCAGAUUUUGGUACGCUUAGCUUCUUUCCUCUCUUGACGGCUACAAUUUGCAUAGAAUGUUAAUGUGACAAUAGUGUAAAACUGUACAUCUUUCUGUAAUGCAGUGAUUGAGCAUCAGUAAUCUGCUAUACAGUCACUAUGGCCAUGUUGUGCUUGUUCUGUCAUUUUGUCCUUGCGUAAUUUCAGAGUGCUGCUUCUACAUUGCUAUGAUAGUAUGAAUGUAUGAUAUAUAUUGAAGUCUCAUGUCUAGGGUUUCAAGCAGCACAGUUUAGGGCAGGCUUUUAUGUAACCAUGGCUUCACUGAGCAUGCAAAACAUCAUCUUUCUAUGUUUCUUCUUUCUUCCUAGAUAAUAUCUUAUGCAGGAUAAUAUCAGUCUUCUAGUUGGCUGGUAGCUUCCGAAACAUCAGGGAAUCAUGCAAGAUGAUCAAGAGUGAUGGCAUCAAUCUACAGCUUUCCUGAAGGGGCUAAAAUGCUGCCAUUACAUUUUCUAUUCUUCUUUUAGUAUUUUCUUUGUAUGAUGAGCAUUGUAUAAGUAUGGUGGCGAUUCUUGGUCACUUGUAUAAUUCCUUCUUGCUGGAUAUGUUCGUGCAUGCCAAAUUCUGAUGAGAUUUUUUUCAGACUUCAUACUUUGUUUCGGAAGUUA